AUGACACGUAUACGACACAAUAAGAGAAAUCGAUAUUGCUGUUUAUGUAUCAUUUUCUAUUUUAUCAUUGGAUGUAGCUUUUUUAUUACUAAAUCAAACUUGAACGAUUCACUACAAUCGAAAUGUUUGCCUAAAAAUCCUGAUAAUGAAAUAGUUGAUCGUCAAGAUGAAUGGGAAUAUCAAAAUAGUAUCACUGGUCAAUGGUAUCAUUGGAGAACAGUAUAUAAAAGACAAAAUAAUCCAACUGAAUGGCGUGUCAAUUGGUUAAAUGUUGCUCCAAAAUCAUAUCUCGGUGUUAUUGUCUAUCUGGCUCCAUACGGUGAGUUUAAAUCACUUCAGACAUCACUUGCUCAAUUAUCUCAUUUGCUAUCAAAUAAUCCACGACCUAUUGCCAUUUUUCAUGAAGGUGAUCUUAGUGAUAAUAAUAUUCAACAAUCUCUAGCUCAAACAUUAGGUAAUCAUACUCCAUUAACUUUUGAACGUAUCAAAUUUUCUAAUAGUCCAAUUCAGCCUGGACGUGCUCAUCGUCGAUGGUCACCUAAGUAUUUUCAUAUGUGUCGAUUUUUUACUCUGAUGCUUCCAAGUCAUCCUUUAUUAACAUUAUUUACAUUUUAUUGGCGACUUGAUACACAUUCCUAUAUAUUGGGACAAAAACCUAUUAAAGAUCCAUUUGAUAUUAUGAAAAAACGAAAUAUUCAAUAUGCAUUUACAAUGGCUAAUAUAGACGAUGAAUUACAUACUCAUGGUUUAUGGUCAUUUUUUCAUGAAUUUCUCAAAGAAUAUUGUUUAAAACCUUCAAUAAAUUUUCGUGAAACACAAACUAGUUGGUUCAAUAGUUAUUCAUUUGCGAUUAUUUAUACAAAUUUUGCUAUAGCUAAUGUUUCUCUUUUUCGUGAUCAUUCAUUAAUACAAGCUUGGCUUCAUAAAGUUGAUCAUAAUGGUGGUAUUUAUCGUUAUCGAUGGGGUGAUGCACCUAUUCAUACUUUGAUUCUUACUCAAUUAAUUUCACGAAAUCAACUUGUACGUCUCAGAUAUUUUGGUUAUAUGCAUCGAAAUGAAUAUGUUUGUGCUAAUGGCAUAAAAGGUUAUUUAUGUAAAGCACAAACAAAACCAUUAUUUACAGAUCCUAAAACUACGUAUCACUAUCAACCAGAUGGAUGUAACCCAUCUUCUGGAAAUCCUCUAUGUCACUAUUAUCCAGAGAUUAUAUUAUGA